CUCCCCGCCGCCGCUAUAAUUUUCUCUUUCGCGCCAUUCUUCCUCUUGGGAAAGCAUCAUUGAGACAGCCAUCAGCCGUCAGAUCCUCUCCCGACCCCUUCUAGUCCGACGCUGUCCUCUACACCUAUCCCAAAAAUGGCUGCUAACGGCUCCUCUGCCCCCGUCGUCCCCCCUCGCGGUGAGGUCCUCGCCGCCGCCGACGCCAUCAAGUUCCUCGAGCAGUACCCUCGCGGCGACGGCCUCUCGCUCAGCGAGCUCAUGGACUCGCAGGUCCACGGCGGUCUUACCUACAAUGACUUCCUCAUGCUCCCCGGCCACAUCGACUUCCCCGCUUCCGAGGUCUCGCUCCAGACGCGUGUGACUCGCAACAUUGUCCUGAACGCGCCGUUCCUCUCCUCGCCCAUGGACACGGUUACCGAGGACCGCAUGGCGAUUGCUCUCGCGUGCCACGGCGGCCUGGGUAUCAUCCACCACAACUGCUCUGCCGAGGAGCAGGCCGCCAUGGUCCGCAAGGUCAAGAAGUACGAGAACGGCUUCAUCACCGACCCCAUCUGCCUGGGCCCCAACGGUGUGGUCGGCGACGUCCUUGAGAUCAAGAACAAGUUUGGCUUUUGCGGUGUGCCCAUCACCGACUCGGGCAAGAUUGGCGGCAAGCUCCUUGGCAUUGUCACCGGCCGUGAUGUCCAGUUCCGUGACGAGAAGACCCCUCUUAAGGAGGUUAUGACCCCCCUUAAGGACGUCGUUACCGGCAACGCCGAUAUUACCCUCGAGCAGGCCAACACUAUCCUCCGCGACUCGAAGAAGGGCAAGCUCCCCAUCAUCGACGACUCGGGUCUUCUUGUUGCCCUUGUCGCUCGCUCCGACCUGCUCAAGAACCAGAACUACCCCCUUGCAUCCAAGGUCCCCUCCAGCAAGCAGCUUUACUGCGGUGCCGCUAUCGGCACCCGCCCUGGCGACCGUGACCGCCUCAAGCUUCUCGUUGAGGCUGGCCUUGACGUCGUUGUCCUCGACUCGUCGCAGGGCAACUCGGUGUACCAGAUCGAGUUCAUCCAGUGGAUCAAGAAGACGUUCCCCAAGCUCGAAGUCAUUGCCGGCAACGUCGUGACUCGCGAGCAGGCCGCUCAGCUCAUCGUCGCUGGCGCUGACGGUCUCCGUAUCGGCAUGGGCUCUGGCUCGAUCUGUAUUACUCAGGAGGUUAUGGCCGUCGGCCGCCCCCAGGGCACGGCCGUGCACGCCGUUUCCGAGUUCGCUUCUCGCUUCGGCGUCCCCACCAUCGCCGACGGCGGUAUCGGCAACAUCGGCCACAUCGCCAAGGCGCUCUCGCUCGGCGCCUCCGCCGUCAUGAUGGGUGGCAUGCUCGCCGGCACCACCGAGUCGCCCGGCGAGUACUUCUACCACGAGGGUAAGCGCGUCAAGGUGUAUCGCGGCAUGGGGUCGAUCGAGGCGAUGGAGCACACCCAGACGGCCGGCAAGGGCGGCAAGGCGGGCCUCGCCGCCAACAACGCCGCGACGGCCCGCUACUUCUCCGAGGCCGACACGGUCAAGGUCGCGCAGGGCGUCUCGGGCGACGUCCAGGACAAGGGCUCGGUCAACAAGUUCGUGCCCUACCUCUACACCGGGCUGCAGCACUCGCUGCAGGACUCGGGCGUGCGCUCGAUCACCGACCUCCAGGAGGGCUGCCGCUCGGGCAAGGUGCGCUUUGAGCUGCGCACGGCCAGCGCCCAGCUCGAGGGCGGCGUCCACGGCCUCAACUCGUACACCAAGCGUCUCUUUGCCUAGACGUGGCCCGUGUCGCGUAAUUAUUUAGAUCUGUUGGGCAUGAUGUACUUUUAUGCAUAGGUAUGGUACAACUGGGAAAUGCAGCGGCGGAUGGCAGG